CCGAUUGGCUAUCUCCGCGCCUCAGGUCGCUAUCCGGUACUGCGCAUGCGGUUCCAAACAGGGGCAGGAAGAUGGCCGCUAAUGGGAUGGAGGUGGAACCGGCAGCAACACCGAGUGUGAUGGCGUCUGGAGUGACAGGGAGUGUCUCUGUUGCCUUGCACCCACUCGUUAUUCUGAACAUCUCUGACCACUGGAUCCGGAUGCGCUCUCAAGAGGGGAGACCUGUGCAGGUGAUUGGUGCCUUGAUUGGAAAGCAGGAGGGCAGAAACAUCGAGGUGAUGAACUCUUUCGAGCUGCUGUCUCACACGGUGGAGGAAAAGAUUGUUAUUGACAAGGAGUAUUACUACACCAAAGAGGAGCAGUUUAAGCAGGUCUUUAAAGACAUGGAGUUCCUGGGCUGGUACACCACGGGGGGCCCUCCAGACGAGUCUGAUAUCCAUGUUCACAAGCAGGUGUGUGAGAUUAUUGAAAGCCCACUUUUCCUCAAGUUGAACCCCAUGACAAAGCACACAGAUCUUCCAGUUAGUGUUUAUGAGUCAGUCAUCGAUAUCAUCGCUGGAGAGGCCACAGUGCUAUUUGCUGAACUGACCUACACUCUGGCCACGGAGGAGGCAGAACGCAUCGGAGUUGAUCACGUGGCUCGCAUGACAGCUACUGGCACAGGCGAGAAUUCCACAGUGGCUGAACAUCUCAUUGCACAACACAGCGCCAUUAAGAUGCUGCACAGUCGGGUCCGCGUCAUCCUGGAAUACGUUAAAGCUGUAGAGUCAGGUGAAGUGCCGUUUAACCAUGAAAUCCUUCGUGAAGCUUAUGCCCUGUGUCACCGGCUGCCAGUCCUCAGCACUGACAAGUUUAAGACUGACUUCUAUGAUCAAUGCAACGAUGUGGGCUUGAUGGCUUACCUCGGCACCAUCACAAAGACCUGCAACACCAUGAACCAGUUUGUGAACAAGUUCAACAUCCUGUAUGAUCGGCAGGGUAUUGGCCGACGUAUGCGAGGCCUCUUCUUCUGAUUGAGAGUCCAAGCGGACUUUGCCCUCUAGAUACAGCGGGAGGUGAGAGUUUACAACACGAGAGGGGCAGCCUCUGACAGACACCGACUGAAGUGCAUCAGCGAUUCUCUGGAGACCCUUUCCCCCACUCCUUCCCAACCCCCCUCCCUCCCUUACCUAACCCUGCCUCUCAGCAUUCCACCCUGUGCUGCCCUGCCCUGCCCUUCCCUUCCCUGAGAAAUGUUUGGGCCAGCCUUGUGAAAUGGGACAACGUGUCACCCUGUUCCAUUGAUGACCGGGUUUUUUUUUCUCCCCCUCCCUCUCCCCCGGUUGUGUUACUUCAACGACAACGUGACUGGCUGGAUUGGAAUUCAAGUUCGCACUGUGCUGCAUGCGUUAUGUGUUUACUGCUGGCGAGCCGAUGUGAAGUUGUCAGUUGUGCAGCUGAAAUAUGUGCAUUAGAAAUAAAGUUGAAAGGAA